CUGAGUUCAGACGUUUGACCAGAGCUCUCCAGGAAAUCUCUCUGUACUGAUCUCAGACCUGACUGAAGAGGAUGGAGGAACAUAUUCAUGUUGGAUGAACCAGAAUCAGUACAGGAACUUCAGCCUCACUGUUAAAGACUGCAAACUGUCAGAGACUCAGGAGAAGGUCAUUCACAAAUAUCCAGGAGAUUCUGUUCUCUUGCCCUGCUCCUGCACUGACCAACACACCAAACCUAUAAAUGUGAAAUGGGAGCAUGUAGACUCAGGAGGGACUGAGGUAUCCAAUGAGAUGGCAAACUACACAGGCAGAGUCCAGAUGUUUAAUAAGAACCUUCCAGCAAAUCUCUCUCUGCUGAUCUCCAACCUGACUGAACAGGACCAGGGAACAUACAGAUGUUCAAUCAACAACAACCAGUCCAUCAACAUCAGACUCAGCCUUAAAGAAAAGACAGAAAUCACGCAUCAGUCUGAUUGCUCAGGUUUGCUCAUCACGUUGAGUGUCUGCGUGGCUCUGCUGCUGAUUGUAGUGAUUGGAGAAUCAGCACUGAUCUACAAACUGAUCCACAAUAGGACACGAGGGUCUCCAUCUACAAACACUGAGAGAAGAUCACAGAACAAAGCCAAUGGUGAUUAUGAAGAUCCUCUUGAAAAACAGAACAUCAGCAUGGGUCCAGUCUACCAGAGCCUGAUCCCCAACACCAACCAAUCAGAUUCAGUCUACCAGAGCUUAAACUCCAACACCACCCAAUCAGAUUCAGUCUACCAGAGCCUAAACCCAAACACCAACCAAUCAGAUUCUGUCUACCAGAGCCUGGACCCCAAAACCAAAUAAAAAGAUUCAAUCUACCAGAGCUUAAUCCCCAACAUAAACCAAUCAGAUUCAGUCUACCAGAGCCUGAACCCAAAACCAACCAAUCAGAAUUGGUCUAUCAGAGGCUAAACCCCAACACCAACCAAUCAGAUUCAGCCUGCCAGAACUUAAAUCCAACUAGUCAGAUUCAGUUCCUAAACCCCAAGACCAACCAAUUUGAUUCAGUCUACCAGAAUCUUACCCCCAACACCACCCAAUCGGAAUCAGUCUACCAGAGCCUAAACCCAAACACCAACUAAUCAGAUUCUGUCUACCAGAGCCUGGACCCCAAAACCAAAUAAAAAGAUUCAGUCUACCAGAGCUUAAUCCCCAACAUAAACCAAUCAGAUUCAGUCUACCAGAGCCUGAACCCAAAACCAACCAAUCCGAAUUGGUCUAUCAGAGGCUAAACCCCAACACCAACCAAUCAGAUUCAGCCUGCCAGAACUUAAAUCCAACUAGUCAGAUUCAGUUCCUAAACCCCAAGACCAACCAAUUUGAUUCAGUCUACCAGAAUCUUACCCCCAACACCAACCAAUCAGAUUCUGCUUGCUAGAGCCUACAUCCAAAUAAAAGUCAACCGGAGUAGAUCUGCGACAGUUGAGUCUUGCCAGAUUAUUAAAAUAAUUCUAUUAAAGUGUAGACCAGGAGUGUCCAGUCUUAUCCACAAAGGGUUAACGUUGCUGUAGGUUUUUAACCCAAGCAAGCAGGAGGACACCUUAUUCCACCUGUUUAAGUGGUCCCAGGCAUCAGGCUUUUAUGUUCUCACAAGUCCAAGAAGAACACAAUUCAAGGUUUGUCAAGAAUGAGGCAGCUCAUGAUAUCAACCUUCCUGCCAACUACUGGUUAGCAGAGCUUUACAUUGCUUCAUCUAUUUCCCCACUGAAAAUUAGUUCUGGUAUGGAGGAUGAAUCCUUAGUUUCCCCACUAUCUGUGCCUGUUGGAUGCAAUGCAGUCUGACCUUUAAACGCUGAGAACAAGAGGACAUUAGAUUUUUCAGAUUCCUGAAGUCUUUCCUGUUUGAGAUCUUGACUAUGAUCAAACCACAGUGAUUAAGCACAGAAAUCAUAUUUCAGAUUCCACUGCUUUUAACAGAAGGCAAGUCCCUUCCAUCAUUCCCUUUUUGAAGCAGUCAGACUUCACCCUAAAGAACUUUGCAAUGCAAACACCAUCCAUGCAUCCCAAAGUUCCUUUUUGUGGUGUUUGUGGUGGAAAAUCGUGACAAAAAAAUGAAUUUGAGCCUCUGAGUCUCUAUCAAAGUGAGUAACAAGUUUAUUAAAAAGUGAACAUGACAAAAAAUGGAUUCUCUCUUCCUUUCCUAUAUCUUUCCUAUAUCUUUCCUAUAUCCUUUUCUAGCUGUGUGUUGUGCUUCUUAUACCCUUCUGUCAUUCCCCCGCCCUUACGUUCCUUUCAUGGCAGUAAGCUUUAGUCAGCAUUAUUCUCAAUUGUACACCAUGUUUAUCUUAUACGACCUGUUUACUGCGAACAGCCAGCGAGAACAUCCAGAUCCGACCCGUAGCCUUGUGGCUGGGCGCUACGCCUCUCUCGCUGCCUCUUAUCUUCACACUCUGUUUCUGUUCUCAUAGUGAGGUCACUUCCACUUAUCUCCUGAGGCACAAAACAAUCCCGCUACAUCUCGGCCACUUUGACAUUUAGAAUCAUCCUUAAGCAUAAUAGCUCAAAAGGCGUAUUUCAACACAAUUCAAUACAUUUCCACGACAGCCUCACCAAUAGUUGUUGUGAAGGAGAAAAAUGGUACAAUCCCUCUCUGCGUUGAUUACAGAAAGCUUAACAAUCAGACCAUUAAAGAUGCAUAUGCGCUUCCUAACAUGGAAGAGACAUUUUUAGCACCAACUGGAUUGAAGUGGUUUUCUGUUAUGGACUCCAAGGCCUUGGUGCAGCCCUGUACCAAGAGCAAGAUGGUCACAUGUGGGUAACUGCAUGCGUGCGCAGAAGACUGUCCAAACGUGACAAAUGUUACCAACACAUAAGCUAGAGUUUCCAGCAUUAAAGUGGACUGUAACAGAAAAACACCAGGUUUCUGGACGUACCUACCCUGAAGAAGACUUCAGCCUACCUGCCACUCUUGAAUACUUAGCCCUCAAAGUCAAUGUCAUCCCAGAUGAAUCUAUCUACUGAUCUACUCCCUGGCUCAACCACUCUUCCUAGAAUGUCACAGCAAGACAGCAGGCAAAUGAUCUGAUUAUCAGCUGUGUCAUUGCCAUCUUUAAUGCUGGUGAACUGCCUUAUUCUGAGGUCUUAAUAUAUGCCAUUGCAGUUCCAUCAGAAAGCAAACACAGUUGGCAAAAUACUGUGGAGUAACUUCUUUGUGCAUUACGCCAUACCUGAGCAUCUUCAUAGUGACCAAGGUCAUGAUUAUGAGUCUGCUGUAAUAUUUUUUGUUAGUAAUAAAGAAGAUAAGAACAACUCCUUACCAUGUGGAAGUCCCAUGGAACGUUUCAGUAGUACUCUAUUUGUAAUGCUGGAAACGCUUCAAGAGGAAGAUGAGGUGAAGUGGUGAGAACAUGUCCAUCCACUAUGGUCCACGUGUAUAAUUGUACUAAAAAUGACACCACAGGUUUUUCUGUGCAUCAGUUAAUGACAUUAUAAAGGAAAUUGAUGAUUGAUUCUUUAUUGUUUAUGUGGUGAAGGUUUUUUCUUCAGAUGGUCCAGAAAGAAAACUCCAUUGUGACUUGCUCCUGUCGAGUGCAUUCCUGGUCUCAAACACCUGCAGUGAAGAAAAUUCAAAGAGAAAAAUAAGGCACCUAGCCCAGAGUACAGCCUUAUAGCACUGAAGAGGUCUUGAACACAACUGUAACUAUUUGUUUGCGAUGUAUUUUUAUUUGUAUGUGGUUGUUGAUCAGACAAUAUAUUCACUUUCAUUACUUUCCUUAAA